CCACCCAACACCCACCACCACCAUGUCGUUACGGCGCAGGUCUUGCAACGCCUGUUUCAAAGGCCGAAGAAAAUGCGAUCUGGAAUAUCCAGUCUGCGAAAAUUGCAGGAGAACAAACAAAACCUGCCAAUAUGCAUACCCGCCUAUGCCACCACCAGGGCGCAUCGACCGCACCGACGACCCACCAACUGUGCCAGACGAGAUACUCGACUCGCCAGCAAUGCGUACGACUAGUACCGCUUUGGAACUGGAUCUUCUGAAGUCACCUGCAGUCACUAUGUUGAAUCCAAUCGAGCAAAGCGCAGUGCUCCAGCUUCCACCGAGUUUCACACCAGGUCCAUGUACACCAGACUUCACGCCGCCGGAGACUAUCUCAUUUUCAGCCACAUCAAGAUUCGUAGGCACCCUCGGCGAGGUCCAACCCAUCCAAGGCAGCACACGCUCAUGGCAGUGGGUGAUGGAUGAGCUCAAAGCCUACCCGGGGGAAUUCGCCCGACGGGGAGAGACAAUCUUCAUCCACCGCGACCUGUACCGCGAUGAGAUGCCACGGCCGAUCCGGACGGCCUUUGGCGUCUGUUCUUCCUUUUGCCUCAGUCCCGAUUCCACGAACCGGGAGAUGGCAUUCCGCGUGAUCGACUCUGAAGUCUCCGAGCUACUCCAGCCCGCCACCGAACCGAGUUCGAGCUCUAGUUCCAGGCUACUUCGAAUAGAGCUCGCGCGGCUCCAGGCACUACUGCUUUACCAGACCCUCCGACUCUUCCAUGGCAACCUGCAGCAGCGGGUCGCAGCCGAGCAACAGGGGUCUAUGCUCAUGACCACGGCGCUGAAGAUCAUCGUUCGCGCGCAGUCCGAGCCGGAGCUCCAGAGGCCGAGGUCCCGCCAUGCUUGGAUCCUCGGCGAGUGCAUCCGACGCACCGCUCUCCUGGUCUACUUUCUCUACGGGGUCAACUCGGUGUAUCGAGAAGGGAUCUGCGUGGGACUGCAUACACUGCGGCAGUUGCCUUUGUCGGCGAGGAUAUCUGCUUGGGGCGUGGAUGGGGUGUGUGCAUUUCAGGAGGAUAAAGGGCAUUCGCACGGUGAGAAUGCAGAGACGCUGCCCUACGAAGCGUUCCUGGCGCGAUGGCUUGUUUCGCUGCCGCGGCGGCUGGAUCGCUUUGAGAAGUUGCUGAUUGUUCCGUGUCAGGGGCUGGAGGCUGCUGAGGCAUUUGAGGGUCUGGGGCGGCUAGUUGCGUGAUUGCUGUGAUCUUUUGCCCGAAUAGUCCGGCUGUGUCCUAG